UCAACCUCAAUCCCCACCCCUUGAGUAAAUGUUCCCGGGGGUUCCCAGAGCGGAUAUUUGCCAGUUUGCUACCCUGCAGUAUCCACGGUCAACUUUCAAACGGUUUUCUGAGUGGUGCCUCGCGGUGUACGGCGAUGGGCUGCGGGUUCAGUCGCCGCGUGGUACCAAACAGUAGCGGCGACCCGGGUGCAGGAGGCGAGAUCGCCGGCUCCUUCGUCGGUGACGAAGUAGCGACGGCAGGGGCAAAUGCAGCCAAUGCGGUCAUAGGGGGGGCGACGAAAGAUUCGCCCCUGAGUUUCGUAGUGCCGAUCCGGGAUACGGAGGGGUCAAAAGAGGGCAGUAUAAUACGCCGGCAUCCGCCGGUGCGGCUGCGACGCCUCGAGGAAGAGCAGCAGCUCCACCGUCCGAAGCUGACCCUCGGAGCCCUGGAACGCCGGCAGGCCGAGGCCGAGGAAAGGCGUCGAAAGAUAUUGGACUCCAGGGUCCAGUCUGCGCAGCACUUUCAGCGCAAGGUGCUGCAAGGGACGGGGACAGUUACGGCGUCUACGUCUCCGUCUGAUGACUUGGAUCGGGACCGGGAUCGGGACCAGGAGAAGGUAGUCCAAGCCAUAGGAGAACGCAAGGAGGCGGAAAACGCGGAAGGCGAACACCAGGAAGAAUUGAAUCGACCUACGGUACCUGCAGGAGCUGAUUCUUCGUCGUCUUGACAACGGGCCGAUUCGUAGUGCUGUCUCGUUUAUAUCGUUGUCGAUAUACCUACCUUUAUACAUUACGUGUAUAUACAUAUCAGCGUCCGUGGAAGGGUAAUAAAGUUAUGUCCGGUCCUUGCUCGUGUGUGACGAAUACAUGCACAGAAUACACACCCGUUCGUAUAAAAUGACGAUCGGUUGAAUUUUUUUUUGUCGUGUAAACGAUUCCUCCUCAAUCUUUGUGUUUUUCUCGUUUAAGGUUAGGGUUGUAUGUUGUAUAUAACGCAAGUAUGCAAAACACGUGUCAUCGAUUUCACGCACGGUCAGAAUUGACCUUUUGCUAAUGUUCCGCCGAUAUUGAAAGUUUUUGCAUCGUAAUAAGAGGAUCAGUUGUACCUAAUGUGAAAACACCGAAAUCGAUUUUAACCGUGCCCGACGAUGACACGUGUGUUAAACGCAAUUUCAACCACUUUAAAUUUAUACCUCCAGGCCAAUUACACAAUGUAGUGAUGUAUGUACAUAGGUAUGUACUUAUUAUAUUUAACUCUAAAAUUCAACUGCAGUUAAAAUUAUUUUCAGUUUCAGUUGCAUUGGCAUAUCACGUUAUGAUAGUCGUCUUAUCGUUCUCUUGCGAAUGAAGAGCGCAACUUCUUAAUGAUGAGUAAUGUAUGUACAUACAUUAGCUGUAAACCACAUUAUCUGCAUGUAAACUAUAAGGGAAGCAUAACGUAAAAUCUCAUGUAAUUGGAGAUCAACAGUUGUUUCUAAACUUGUGAGUACCUUUUAUCCUGUAAAAUUGAUUGUAAAACGUAAACUCUACAUAGAUGUGUCGGCCAUUUUGAUUUGGGUUGAGGUGAGAUUUGCAGCGGUUGGUAUGACGCUAAACUCCUUGUUUGUUUUCUCUCUCUGUCUGUCUAUCUGCGAUCAUUUAAAGGAUGACCCUUAUACACUUUUAAAAUGGUGGUGUUAAAAUUGGCAAAAAUGAACGGAUGGCAUCACUGUGUAAAAUUUUUUUAUGCUCAAUUAGUAAAGUGAACAUCAGAUGCCGUUAGAUCCAUAAUAUCAGAUAGUGACGAAUCGCCACGAAAUUAUAUGUAUAGUCUAUGUAGAAGUCCUGCACACCAUAUUUUACUUUGCAGUGUACUCGUAUAACGAAUGAAAUUGGCACUGUGCUAUGAUAA